AUGUUUCAGAGUGGUGGUUUCAUUCACACCGUCCAAGACGAAGAAGCUACUGCUAUUGUGGAGGAGGAUGCAGAGGAGGAUUAUGGUAACUUUGUCAUCCCUAGAGGGUUCUUUUUGUUUUCCCUCUUGCGAUUAAACCUAAUAUCCGUCGCUUACAAGAACGUGAUAGGGUCGCUAUGUGCGGCGUGGAGAAUCGUUUCGUCGAUUGAGCAGAAGGAAGAAGGUAGAAAGAAUGACGACCAUGUUGUGCUUGUUAAGGAUUAUAGAUCUAAAGUUGAAUCGGAGUUGUCCAAUGUUUGUGCCAGUAUUCUCGAGCUCUUGGACUCGAAUCUUAUACCUUCGGGUUCUUCGAGUGAGUCUAAGGUUUUUUAUUAUAAGAUGAAAGGGGAUUAUCAUAGGUAUUUGGCUGAGUUUAAGAUUGGGGAUGAGAGAAAAUUUGCGGCUGAGGAUACUAUGUUGUCUUACAAGGCUGCACAGGAUAUUGUUGCUGCUGAUCUUCCAUCUACUCAUCCUAUAAGAUUGGGUUUGGCUCUCAAUUUCUCGGUUUUCUAUUAUGAAAUUCUCAACCAGUCUGACAAAGCUUGUGCCAUGGCCAAACAGGCUUUUGAGGAAGCAAUUGCUGAACUGGACACGUUGGGAGAAGAAUCCUACAUAGACAGCACACUUAUAGUGCAACUUUUGAGAGACAACCUCACCCUUUGGACUUCUGAUGUCUAGGACCAGCUAGAUGAGCCCUGAUUUCCCUUAUAGGUUGACAGGUCGUAUUCUCCCCUCUUGAAGGAGGUGGGCUAUGAAUGUCAUUUAUAUGUGUUGAUUAAGAAUCAUCCUAGUUUAUACAUUUACCGGUAAUCUGUGGUAUAGUGUCAUAUGGACCUGUCUUGUUUUUUUAUGUCUUGUAUGAUUUGGAUCUGUUGUCCUAAUGGGAGAUCAAAUUAAAUUAUAUUGUUGCAAUCA